AUGACGGAUAGCUAUGGUAAGUGCAUUCCGUCUACCUGCGGUAACAUCCAAAACAUAACCAGCCCUUUUCAACUAGCCAAAGAUCCAAAUCCAAGCCCCUGCACGAACUCGGAUUACCACUACAACCUCUAUUGUGAAAACAACCUCACAGUAUUGACAGUAAAUUGGGGAAACUACUAUGUGCAGGCAAUCAACUACGACAACUUCACAAUCCGAGUUGUAGAUCCUGGCAUUCGCAACAAUGAUUUCUCCUCCAUCCCCCGUUAUUCGUUUUCCAUUUACAACAUCACUUACUUCAAGUGUGAAAAAACUUUGCUCAACCUUGAAUUAGCAUCAAGUGCAACACCUGUAACUUUCUUCAAGUGUGAAAAAACAGUGAACUCGUCUGUGAUGAGAACGUAUAACUAUGUCAAGCAAGGAAAUAUAACGGCAUCAGAAAUGGAGGACGGGUGCAGAAUAGAGUGGACGACUUUGAUGAGUAAGUCGUUCUUGUACGGAAAGGACAGAAACUUAUCUUAUCAUGACAUACACAGCGCACUGGGGUAUGGCUUUGAGCUUCAAUUCCGCUUUCUCCCCACAUGCAAAUUAGGUUUGUGA